UCUGACAUCUCCCCCUCUCGCUCUCUCUCUCGCCACUGCUAACUGACGCUCCUCUCCUUCCGCCUAACUCCAAGUUCCCUCUAUAAGUCUAGCGAUCUUCUACUUUAUUCUGCCAAAUCUGGAGUAGAAAACAUCAACUCUAAGACAACACGAAAGCAAGCGGAACCUACGGAUUCGCAUUUUUAGGGUUUUCUUUAACAGAGCUCGAUCUGCAGUUCCUCGUUUCGAGGGGCCUUGUGUUUUUCAAAUCGAACAUUUUCACCUCUAAAUCUUAUUGGUUUUACGUGUUAGGAUUGAAUAAUAAGGAGAAAACAUUAAGCUAAUCUAUAAGGCUAGGGUUUUUGUUCUGUGAUCACUAUUUCUGUUAUUGUGGGUGUUUUCAACGGGCAUGAGGUUUAACGGAGAGAUCUCCAAUCGAAAUGAGGAGGAGAAGGAGAACGACAGGAUUUCCCAGUCGUGUUCCAUCGGUCUUGGGUUUCCGCAUCCGCAGAAACUCGUAGUUGGUUAUGCUUUGACGUCGAAGAAGACGAAGAGCUUUUUGCAGCCAAAGCUUGAAGGGUUGGCUAGGAAUAAGGGGAUAUUCUUUGUAGCCAUUGACCAGAACAGGUCACUUUCUGAUCAAGGUCCUUUUGACAUUGUUCUACAUAAGUUAUCUGGAAAGGAGUGGCGCCGACUUCUUGAGGAUUAUAGAGAAAAGCAUCCAGAAGUUACAGUUCUUGACCCUCCUGAUGCUAUACAACAUGUACAUAAUCGCCAGUCCAUGCUAAAGGAUGUGGCUGAUAUGAACUUGUCCGACUGCUAUGGAAAAGUUGGUGUUCCAAGGCAAUUAGUUAUUAAAAAGGAUCCAUCAUCAAUCCCUGAUGCGGUUUCUAAAGCUGGGCUUAUGCUACCUAUAGUUGCAAAGCCGCUGGUUGUGGAUGGAAGUGCAAAGUCGCAUGAAUUGUCUCUUGCUUAUGAUCAAUUUUCCCUUGCAAAACUUGAACCCCCCUUGGUUCUACAGGAGUUUGUUAAUCAUGGAGGUGUACUGUUUAAGGUUUACAUUGUAGGUGAAGCUAUAAAAGUUGUUCGUCGUUUCUCUCUACCUGAUGUCAACAAAUGUGAGCUUUUACAUAAUGCUGGUGUGUUCCAUUUCCCAAGGGUUUCUUGUGCUGCAGCUUCUGCAGAUGAUGCAGAUUUGGACCCUGGUGUCGCAGAGCUUCCACCACGACCUUUACUUGAGAGGCUAGCAAGGGAGCUUCGUCGCAGACUGGGCCUUCAUCUGUUCAACAUAGAUAUAAUCCGGGAACAUGGUACAAGAGACUGCUUUUAUGUCAUUGACAUCAACUACUUCCCUGGAUACGGGAAAAUGCCAGAAUACGAGCACAUAUUUACAGAUUUCCUGCUGAGCCUGGUGCAAGGCAAGUGCAAGAAACGUGCUGCCAACAAGUGUUGAAGGAUCCUGUUACCGGACAAUGGCGUACUUCUAACUCGUAAGAGAUUGCAGUCAAAAUUCCUGGCUUUUCUCGCAUUGGAAAGGGUUUUCAAGCAUCCAAGAAUUAGUUGUACAGAAUUGUUUGUGAGAUGUGGCUGCAGCUAGAGGUUUUACACCGAGAGUCAGUGUUAAGUGGACUCUUGUUUUUAACUUGUAAUUACUGACUGGCAUGAUGACAUGCCCUCUCCUAAAGCCUCUUAUCAUCUUGCAAUUUAAGGUGGAGUUUUCUUCUUGGUCCAGCUUUCAUCCUACUUGUCAUCAUCUUUGAUAGAAAUAGAUCUUAAUUUGGAAUUGCAUUGCUC